GCUGCGUGUGGAUGAGGUGGCCUCCCCUAGGCUCACCUGUUGUGUCCAGCCCGUCAGAAAGCUGUAAAUCCACUGGCACAUGGCAGGGCCCAAAUAUAAAGCAGUGAAUUCACCCUGGGGAGGAAGUCGGGAUUUGUCCUGUCCUAAUCCAACACUACCACCACUUACCGUCACGACUACUAUAAAGCUCCUCCACUGGGGUCUUCUCCUCAGUGUCGUAGCUCUGUUCCGUCACUUCAUUCCCUCAUCAAUCUCCUCUCCAAAUCUCCAUAACGCAGCAAAUUCUUCCUUACUGCUAACCUCUUUGUAAGUUGCUGAGGCCAUGGCGGUGCCUUCAACUCAUGAGUUUCACUGGCAGAGACUAGCACGACUGCCCAGUGGCCGUGUUUACCACACUCUAUCAGAGGUGGGAGGGCAGAUGUACAUGCUGGGGGGCUGUGAUGCUGCAGGGAGGCCAUGCCCCACCGUGGAACUGUACUCCCCAGAGGGGGACCGAUGGAUAUGCCUGCCCUCUAUGCCCACCCCACGAGCUGGAGCUGCUGUGACAGUCCUUGGAAAACAGAUCCUCGUGGUGGGAGGAGUGGGAGAAGACCAGAGACCAUUAAAGGUGGUAGAAAUGUAUAACACUGAGGAAGGGAGGUGGAGGAAGAGGAGUGCCCUGCGGGAAGCCCUUAUGGGUGUGUCCAUCACUGUAAAAGAUGGCCGUGCUCUUGCUGUGGGUGGAAUGGGUGCUGACUUGCUCCCUCGUAACAUCCUUCAACAGUAUGACUUUCGUAAGGAUGUGUGGGCUCUCCUUCCUCCCAUGCCAACCCCACGCUAUGAUGCCAACACACAUUUAUUUGACAACAAACUCUAUGUAGCAGGUGGUCGCCAGUGUAAGCGGCCUGUGAAGGCCUUUGAGAUGUAUGACACAGACACACGUGCAUGGACAACGCUUCCAAUGCUGUCAUGUAAGCGCUCAUAUGCAGGUGUGAUAUGGGACAAUGCUGGGAAGCUGUGUUUGCUGGGAGGUCUGCGCCAGGGAGGAGGGCAUCAGACCUCAAAGUUUGCCAAGAACGUCAACAUUUUUGACUGCAACCAAGGUACGUGGCUGAAGUCAGACGAGACAGUAUCCUUGAAGACAAAGAGAGCUGACUUUGUCGCCACUUUGCUGCGUGGCCGCAUGGUGGUAGCAGGUGGACUUGGUCAUGAGCCCUCUGCACUCGACACAGUGGAGGCUUUUCAUCCUUUGAAGAAAAAGUGGGAGCGAUUGGCUUCCAUGACGUUCCCCCGAUGCUCGGCCUCCUUCAUCGUCAUCAAAGAUCGCCUUUUAGUGGUUGGUGGAGUCAACCAGGUGCCCAGCUCGGCCCAUGAGAUUCUGUAUGUAAAAGAAGAGGAGUAUCUGUAGUCUCAUCCAGGAUGAAUGACGCACAUCAGCAGGAGUACCCUUUUUAGUCACAAUGUGCUGGAAUGGGAACCGUCUUCUUUUCAUGCAGCUUAUGAGACAACACUGCCCCCGGUUGGGCGUUAAUAAUACUGCAAUGCUCGUUGAGGCAUGUCAACAGUAAUGCAGAUGUCGCUUUUAUAUACAAAUUUAGCUUUCUGAGGAAGUUUUAGUAUCUAAUGGUUCUACAUUGUACGUUGUAGUGCACACGUUUUGUUGCUUAUUCCUAGUAAUGUGGGGAAUUGACAAUUUAUUACACCGCCACCAGGGCACGUUUCAUGCCACCUCCCUUAAAUUGACUGCAUUUUUUUAGGCUUUUGUAAUGGUUAAUACAUCAGUAUGUAGAAGCUCUUUAAUGAAACCAAUAAUAAUUAUUACUAUUGUUAUUAUUAUUCAUUCUUUCAUUCAUCUUCACUUAUCCUCACUAGGGUCGCGGGCGUGCUGGAGCCUAUCCCAGCUGACUCUGGGUGAGAGGCAGGGUACACCCUGAACUGGUCGCCAGCCUAUUGCAAGGCACAUAUAAACAAACAGCCGGGGUGUACCCCGCCUUCUGCCCGAAGAUAGCUGGGAUAGGCUCCAGCAGCCCACGACUCUAGUGAGGAUAAGGGAAAGAAAAUUGAUGGAUGGAUAUAAACAAACAAUCAUUCGCACUCACAUUCACACCUAUGGGCAAUUUAGAGUAUUUGAUUAACCUACAAUACAUGUUUUUGGGAUGUGGGAGGAAACCAGAGUACCCGGAGAACAUGCAAACUCCACACAGGGGAGGUAGGAUUUGAACCCGGGUCCUCAGAAUAUAAUUUUUAAUAUUAUUAUUAUUAUCAUCCAUCCAUCCAUUUUCCAUACUUUAUUCUUACAAGGGUCGCGGGCGUGCUGGAGCCUAUCGCAGCCAUCUUCGGGCGAGAGGCGGGGUACACCCUAAACUGAUCACCAGCCAAUCGCAGGGCACAUAUAAACAAACAACCAUUCGCGCGCACACAUUCACACUUAAGGGCAAUUUAAAGUUCUCAAUCAACCUACCUUGCAUGUUUUUGGGAUGUGGGAGGAAACCGGAGUACCUGGAGAAAACCCAUGCAGGCACGGGGAGAACAUGCACACUCCACACAGGCAGGGCCGGGAUUUGAACCCCAGUCAUCAGAACUGUGAGGCAGAUGUGCUAACCCGUCGUCCACCGUGCCUAUUAUUAUCAUUAUUAUCCAUCCAUCCAUUUUCUGAGCCACUUCUCCUCACUAGGGUCGCGGGCGUGCUGGAGCCUAUCCCAGCUGUCAUUGGGCAGGAGGCGGGGUAAACCCUGAACUGGU